AUGGAGAUCAGGGCGGGGGAGCAGGUCGGGCACUUCCAACCGAAGCAUGGGACAGGGAUGGGGGGCGGCAAUGCCUGCGAGCUCUUUGUGCGCAGUUUCUGGAGGCCCGUCGAGGCCUGGCGAGACGAGCUGGGCGCCGACGAGGCCACUGUCUUCUGCAGUAAGUUGAACGCCCAGGUUCCGCUCCACAGAGCUUCGUGUGUCAUGACGUGCAGUCUGACUAAUGAGAUGCAUGACGUGUCGGUUCGAGACUACGCCGACGACAUUCACCAAACGAUCCCACUCGCCACUUCGAAUCCGCUCGAGGCCAGGUCCAGGGUCCUGAAGUCCAAUGCCAUUCUCGAUCGGGAGCUGUCCAUCGGAGGAGGGUUCGCCCAGAACCCUGAUAAGGAGAACUGCAUGCCUGCCAUGGUGGGCCCUGGUGCCCACACUGCGUCCCGUGCCCUCCUGUCCCAGACGGUUCCGCUUCCUGGGGUCACGUCGCCGGAGGGCCUGUACUUGGGAGGGAUGGAACAGCUGACGGCGGGGUGUGGAGCUGAGAUGAAGAGGAGGGUGGAGGCUACGAGGGCGGCGUGGAGGAGGCUCGGCAGGUUCUGGGACAUCACUCGGUCGAUUCGCCUCAAACGACUGGCCUUCAAGGGAACGAUCCUGGCGGCGGCCUACUCGGGCCUCGAAUCGUACCUCCCCUCCAAGCUCGACCUCAGGAAACUCGAUUCCGUCGUGCAGGGCCUCGCUCGGGCUGUGCUCCGUGAUCGUCGUCCUGAAUUUGAGCAAGGCGCCCCUCCUGGUUCCUGCCCGAAGUAUCGAUCUCUCUCAGAGGCCCAGGUGUUGAGGCAACUCAGGAUCACAGACUCAAGAGCGGAGCUCCUUGUGCGCCGCCUCAGACAGUGGCAACGAUACGCUCGUUAUCCCGAAGACAGUGCGCAGCCGCUCACCGUGCUUUUUGGCAGCCUCGACGGCCUCGGAGAAGAGCCGACCUUCAGAGAGGACGGCCGAGUUGCUAGCACCGCCAACCCGUGGGCCCUCCAAUUGGAGCGAGAUGUACAGGCGCUACGGUACCUUCGCGGAGGUAAGGAGUUCGUGGAAAACUAUUCUGUUCGUGAUAUCUUUACGAGGUUCCAGAGCUCCGUGGACCCCCUCGUGGAGCCCAAGGUCCCAGUGCUGGCGCCCCAGAGGAUCCUGAUGAGUUUGUUUGCGAACUACCUGGAGAUGGGGAGGAUGGGAGGUCCCGCAGCGGAGACCGAGGCAGAGGCGCACGGCGGGGACCUCGGGGGCCCCCGCCCCGCGCCCCUGCAGGGGGAGGGAGUGGCCAACGCGCUGAGCCAGCUCUUCCAGAACGCCGACCAGACGUACGGGCUGCAGCGAGGCGACGUGAUGGGCCUGGGCGACGAGGCGUUCCCAGUCGAGCUCAUCCAGGCCAUCUUCCCUGUGAUGGUGCGCGCGAUGCUGAAGAACAUACAGGGUCUCUCGGCCCUGGAAGCAGCCAUCUACCACAUCUUCCACUUGGAUCGAGUUCACGACGUGUGCAAGGCCAUGAGGAUCACAGCCAAGUUCUACGUCGACGAGGCCAAUCGCAUUCGCCGCGAGCACGCUCAAGAGAUCCGAGACCAGCAGCCAGUGGAGGACUUGGAGAAGCUGGGCGUGCCGCACCCCCACCUGUGGUUGGCGCUAGUGGGCGGAGUGGUGCAGCAGGGAGAACGCGUAGGAGCCGCCAAUCAUCUCGCCCUGAAGCAGUACCUCGACACCAUCAAAGCAGAUGGAACCAUCACGAACGACAGCCUGUGCAUGCAGAUCCGACACUGCAAGAUAUCGUACACUCACGAUCGCAAGCUGAUGAAGAUUCAUCUCGAGGCGCAGGGAUCAGGCGUGCAGACGCAGUUGCUCGACUCCUUGAAGCAGCUCGGGGGAAAGCUCAUGAAGGGAACGCCACCUCGCUCACAUCACGAGCGCCUGAUGCAGCUCUUCCUGGACAGCGCAGAGAC